AUGUCGCAACUGCCCUCCACACCUUCCUACUCAGCCUCACGAGCUCCUCCGUCGCCUACCACACCCAGCAGGAGACAUGGCCUUGUAUCACCCCCUGUACCACCAGGUGCUUCAAUGCCUCAUACAUCCCAGAUUGACCAUGCAGAGGAAUACAGCAAAUAUGGAUCUUUGACACCUGGCUUACCCCGUCUGCCAAGCGGUGGUCUGAGUGAAUUUGGAUAUACCGAUCAACCUCGUUCUGUAACCCCCUCAAAUUCUAACUCCGGAUCAAUGGGGAGAAGACCUUUGCCCGUCCAGCCGCCCGUCCCAGCAUUGCCUCCUAAUCCCUACCCAAGCUACCGGACCCCUCCGUCGGCAUCGGGCUCAGUAGGUCGAAGAGCUCUUCCCACACCCCCUUCCCAGCAGGGAUCCAGCUCUUCUCCCUUACCUCCUCCAAGGCCAGGUGGUGCAAGAGCUCUGCCAUCCGUUCCUGGUAGCGGACCGAAUUCACAGAGGAAUAGAACUGUAUCUUCACCUUCCUUUGCUGCCGAAGCUGAACGUACCCCUCCGCCUCCACCACCCAGACCUACUCAACCGUACUCUUCCACCUCAUACGUAUCUUCUCCACCUCUUCCACCACCGCCUCGUCAAGCCACUCAAUCCACUCCGCCCAUAUCUCGCCAUCAGUCAAGUACAGGUAAAGUGAACACCACUCCAGAGGAUAGAUAUAAAUCGUCAUCAUCUGGUCAUCGUGAUCAAUUCACCUCUUCGCCUGGUCCAUCUCGGUCAUCCUCACAAUCUCACUCAACAGUUAAUUCUUCAUCGAACUACACUUCAUUCGCUAGUGUGUCCAGGAACCCGUCUCAGUCCACUCAAGCGUCCAGUAUAGAUACUCGUCCGACUAGCUCAUACAGCGGUGAAGAUUCUUGGUUACCGAUCCUUGAAAGGUUUGGAGAUCUAAGCACGGUAGAUGAACAUGGUGGAUCUGGGAGAGGUUCAAUAGAUGGAUUAGCACCUCCUCCAGUGUUAGUGGAAGGGUCGAGUGGACGAGGGACGCCAACUCAGAAUGACUGGUUUGGUGGACCUCCUAGUUUACCCUAUCUCGAGGAAGGGAAGGGUAAUAGGAAUAGAGCAGCCAGCGGAGCUACGAUCGGACCAGGAGGUGAAGCUUUUCCAACAACACCCAAAGGAGAUGAUAAGAGAUUUGAAAGACAGGGUGGAAUACUUGGAGGAGGAUCUGUUCAACAAAAUCGCGUGGGAAGUAGUUCAGCUGCGCCGGCAGAUGAAGAAGGGACGUGGAGUAGUAAUGAUACUGUACCGGCUGGUGAUGGGAUACAUCGAGAAGGGUCAACGAGGAGCGAAACGACAGAUUAUAGUAUAACAGCCAAUGAUGCCGAUGCUCAAUCUAUAUCUGCUUUGGGGUCUACAUCAACCAAUAAUGAUACACCCCAAAGACAAUCUUCUGUACAUUCAUCGCUUCACCCCGCAUCGAUAUCUUCCAGAAACACCCGAAGAUCGUUUGAACUAUCUCCCUCAUGGCAGGAACAGACUCAACAGCCUGCUAAUUGGGUUGAAAGGAAAUUACAGAUUCAUCAGAGUCACCGAGGCCCAUUUGACGAGGAUGGAGGACCGAGUGAUCUGUAUGAUGAGGAAGAUGAGGAAGGAUGGGACGAAGAGGAAGAAGAAGAGAUGGAUGUCAAUGAAAUUAGGUUCUUCCAACCUGCUUUUAUCAGUGAGAUGGCUUUGCAAUUGAGAGAUAAGGUAGAAAGAGGUAGACAUAUCAAAGCUGGUAUUGCUUGGGUGGGAAGUUUUACGGGGAAGGAUAUAGUGACAACGAUACAAAAUCUCCUUCCUGCUCAUACCCGCGCAUCACCAACCGAUCGAAGAUUCGCUCAUGCCACUGCCCUAUCUCUUCAAAAUCAACUAUGGUUUGUAGAAGUAGAUUGGGAUAUCAAACCUUUACGCGAUUCCUCUGACGACGUAUUCAGGUUCAUGGGCGAGAUGGAAGGUAUGGGAUCAGGUGGAGAUGCCCUGACGACCGAAUUGCCCAAGGGAUUGAUGUCAAUGGCGACUCGAUGUUAUUCACCGAGCUGUACAGGUGAUAAUCGUUGUUAUGCCCCUAGAUGUCCAUACAAGACCAAUCCGAAUACUUUCCUGGAGAAAAUUGAUACUACAGCUUUACCUACUCCUUCGUCAAGUAUAAAUGGUGGACGACAUGGUGUUCUUGGAGAUUGGAGGGAAGAUGUCGAUCCGAUCUUAUUACAUGAUUUGUCUUCUGAACAAAUUGCUCGACAAUCUAUCAUCCGUCAAGCGUACCAAUCUGAAAUAGCCUAUGAGACGGAUCUGAAUGCGAUGGAAACGUUAUUCAUAGAAGGUAUAAGGGAUUCCAACCCGUCAAUCAUCAAAGAUGAAUACAGGAGAGAACAAUUCAUACAUGAAGUAUUCAAUAACGCGAUGGAACUCAGAGAAGCCUGUAGGAGGUUGAUUGAAGAGUUUACAAUCAGGAUGAGGGAACAACCGAUCAUUUUCUUCGUGGGCGAUCUGUUCUUACAGGCAGCAACGGAAUUUAGGAAUAUAUAUCCUGAAUAUACAGGCAAGUUACCCCAGGCUGAAUUGGCUCUAACAAAGGAGAUGGAUGAGAAUCCGGAUUUCAGACUAUUCGUUGAGCGAAUUGUACGCGAGAAUGAUCGUAGGAGAGAUAUAAAAUACCUUAUCACUCGACCUUCAACUCAAUUACAAAGAUAUCCAGCUGUUAUAGAAGGUAUCCUCAAUGCUACGGGACAAGAUGAUCCGGAUAGAGAAUUCUUGUAUCAGGCUUUGCAGUCGAUUCAAAAUUUAUCUAGUCUAUCGCAGUUGAAGUUGUUCCACGCCAGUAAAGGCAGAGGACCGGCAGGUAAAUUACAAUGGUUCGACCUGGUUCCGGAAGAACAAAGAGCGGGUAUUGAGAAGAAAGAGCAAAAGAGACAGAUGCAAAUUUGGGAGCUCAUACAGGGUGAAAUGGAAUAUGUAGCGGAUCUGGAAACUAUUGAAACUCUAUUCGUCAAUGGACUUCGACUGGCGGACCCAGCGGUUAUAGAUCGCAAUCGACUGGACGUAUUCCUCGACGAAGCUUUCCACAACUAUCGAUCACUUUUGGAAGUCCACUCAAAGUUACUGGAAAACUUGCAAUUUAGACAAUUAGAACAACAUCCUCAUUUCGGGAUGAUCUCGGAUCUGAUCUUCGACGCUGCGCUGAACUGGCAGGAGGCAUAUAUGGAAUAUGUCACUCAUUAUCCGAUUGCGAAGGCGAAGGUACAGGAGGAAGAGGCGAGAAAUCCGAAAUUUGCCUCGUUUUUACAUACCUGCCUGAAAGAUCCUUCAGCAAACAGACAAGAUGUAUACCAUUUUAUCAAUCGACCCAUACCGCGAUUACUUCGAUACAACUUGCUCUUGGCGGAUAUACUGAAAUCCCUAAAAGAGGUUGGACCACCCGAUCAUCCUGAUAUAGAACAGAUACCGCAGGUGAUGGAGGUGAUCACCGAUCUAGGUAAAGCCACUCAGAAAGGUGUAGCGGUAAAUGAAAGUAAAGUGGAAUUGUGGGGAUUCCAACAUACCCUUGAUGGAAGUAGAUUUUGGCCUAGGAUGGUCAAAGAUCUGGAUUUGGCUAACCCUAUGCGAGAACUCAUACACAAGGGAAGAGUGUUCAGACAACCUGAAGGUUCUAUUGGUGGUAGUUGGACCGAGCUUAUUGUACUGCUAUUCGAUCAUUAUCUCGUACUUACUAAACCGGAAAGAGCAUCGAGGUCAUCCAGGAAAGAUCAUCAUCGACAAGUACGGUACAUCAUCAACCGAAGGCCAAUCCCACUUGAAUUGUUGUCUCUUGGUAAUUUCUCUGAUGCACCCAGGCAGAGAAAUACUGGUCGACUAUUCGGUGUAGGUGGUGGUAAUUCCGAUGCCAACACUGAAGAUGCAGUCACCACCUCGAAUGAUAGGGAUAAUAGAACGGUAUACCCUUUCAGUAUCUCUUUCAUCGGUCAGGGACAACUAGGUGGUUCCUACACCCUUUGGGCGGAUUCACUUGCAGCUAGAGAUGAGUGGAAGGAGAAAUUACAACAUGCUAAAGUACUGAGAAUGGAAGUCAAUGAUGCUGGCAAGGUGUUCGAGAUGAUACCCUUGAGUACAAACACGUUCUACAUGGCACCCAACUACGCAGUACCGAAGGAUAAGGAAGAUAAGUAUACAGGCAGAGUCACUUGCAGUUGUCCAUUCACUACGUCUGAUCAACGUAAAUUGGUGGCUAUCGGAUGUCAAGAUGGAGUAUGGAUUGGAGUUCGAGGUGAUGCACCUUCGCUCAGGAAGGUUCUGCAUAUUAAAGCUGUGACGAAUGUCGCUGUUUUGGAGGAGUUUGGGAUGUUCCUUGUCUUAUCUGAAAAAGUUCUCUUUGCGUACCAUCUGGAGGCUCUCGUACCGACCGGCAAUCACCGAAAUCAAUUCAAGACUGCACCCGAGAGAAUCACGAUGCCCAGAGAAGAGAUUACUUACUUCACUGUAGGUAAAUUGGAUGGCAGGACUUUGGUAAUAACGAUGAAGAGGGAAACUACCAAUUCAUUAUUCAAGAUCCUCGAACCUGUGUUAAAUCGAUCAGCGGACGAUCCAAGACAACGAAGACCAUUCGGGUUCCUGGGUAAAGGUUCAGAUUGGUUCAGACCUUAUAAGUCUUUCUACCUCCCUGCCGAAGUGUUCGGUCUACAUUUCUUAAAGCAGAAAUUGGUCAUUGUGUGUUCUAAAGGUUUUGAAAUUAUGGAUCUUGUCGAUUUGAAAGGAGGUAGUAUACCGAUGUUCGAUCCUGCCAAAACGAGGGAGAAACCUUCUUUAGGCGAUCUAGAAAAAAAGUGUUUGGCGGCGAAACCUAUGGGAAUGUUCAGAUCAACGGAAACCGAAUUUUUACUUUGUUACGAUUCAUUUGGUAUCUACGUUGAUCGACACGGUGAACCCAAUCGAGAUUGCAGAGCCAUCGAGUGGGAGGGAAGGCCUGAUAGUAUCGCCUUCCAUCCGCCCUAUCUCUUAUUGAUCUCAGCGCCCUUCAUCGAAAUUAGACAUAUAGAUACAGCGAAAUUGCUUCAGAUCUAUACGGGAAGUGACUUGAGAUUGACUUGGGAUGGAUCUGGAGGUCAUAAACAUCAACCUAUCGAUAAUCCUGGCAAGAACGGAUACGGCGAAGAGACAAAGAUACAGGAGCCUCAGAUCCACAUCUGUCAAAGAGCGCAGGAUAUGAGACCUUUAGGAAGGGGGUUGCAAGGUGUGGGACAGCAUGUGUUCGAGCUCAGCCCCACAUUACUACUCAACAACCCUCUGAUGAAUCCCUUUAAUACUCACGAUUCCAACUAUCUGCCUCCUCCACCGUUGACCAGCCAUGCAACACCUCAGAUCAGGCAAGCUCGUCCUCCAUCAAUCAUGACUACCUCCUCUGCAGAUUACGCCAACAACACUCCGUAUAACCAAGCUGCAAUGUACAACCGCAGUAAUGGAUACAGGGAUAGUGGAUAUGGAUAUCCCAACGGGGCCAACGGGCCCAACGGGAAUGGAUACCCGCAGAAUACUUAUAAUAAUCCUAAUCCGGGAUAUGGAUAUGGCAAUCCCCCGCAAGGUCAAGGUCAAAGUGGAUAUGGAGGAUACGAAAGAAGGGAAAGUGGUAAUAGUUAUUCCACGAGUGGAUAUAGCAAUAACCACGCUACGGGAGCAGGCGGAGCAGGUGGAGCUGGAUUCGUAAGGAGAGAAAGUGGGAAUAGUAAUACCACUAGUGGAUAUAGUGCGAACAGUAGUAACCAAGUAGGAUAUGGUAAUGAUUACUAUGAUCAGAAUAGAUAG